CUUCUGAACUGUUUCGUCGGGCCCUAUAUAUGGUUUUCCUUGUACUCUUAUCUUAUGCAAAGGUAAGGAGUGCAUAUGUACAUUGUAUAUUUUAAUUUAUUUUGUUAUUGUGUGAGUGCGUGCGUGUUGGUCGUAUGCACAUGCAUGUGUACACUGCUGUUGCCUGCAGUUUAUGGAGGCUGUAUUCUUUGAAUGUGUUUUUCCUAUUGGAUAUUUCUUGUUAUAUUGUAUAUAACAAGCUCACUCCUAUAUACCCAAACUUCGUUCGUGAGGGUAUAAUGAGUUCACAGUAUGAUCUAGCCUGUCUGAGGUACCCCAGUUACUAAGUAUGUGCUGAACUUGGCCUUUGACCUCACCGUUGAAGUCAUCUGCUGAGCACAGAAUAUCAAAUAAUUUACCAUUGGUGUUUUUUGGUUGAGUUGAAUAUCACACCCACACAUUUAUAGGUCAUUUGUGACUUUCCAGCUUUUCAAGGUGCCCCUUUCGCGCAUAAUUUCAGACAUUGAAAGACACAUGGGUAGAACUGCUGACCUUCCACAGGCCAAAAGGAUGCUUCCUCACAUGAAAGAAUUCUACACCCAAAAUGUUAUUUCAAGUCCACAGCAGUAAGGUGUAUGUGAUUUGAAGCCAGUAACCUGAACAAUUCGGCCACUGAAGAUUUUAUUUACAAUUUCACUUUUGCAAGUCCAAGAAAUCUCAAAUAACUGAAAGAAGAACCAUCUUAAACCGAAAAGUCAUUGUACGAGUUAGAUUUAGCAUCCAGUAAGUUCGAGUUAGUAAGUCGACAUUUCGAGAUAGUAACUUACGUAACUCGAAAUUCCGGCUUACUAACUCGAAAUUUCGAGUUAUAAAUAAAACGCAACUGACACUAAUUCGUUUCCGUAAUUUUCAGUGCAAACAUUUGUUUUUGUUUGUAUCUAUUCUGAAAAUCAAUAUUUGUAACGUCAGAGUGAAAUAUGAUAUUUAUUUUGGUACAAAAUACAAUGAAAGCUAGGUUAAUAUUUUUGUGAAAUUAUGUUUAAAGUGUCAUUAGAUAUGUAUAUAAUUUUUUAAUAUAUGUCAAAUGUUUAUGCUACAUAAACAGAAAACAUUGUUACCACAUAAAACUGGAUUACAAUAACACAUGUUUUACUUCCUUAUUAGUGUAUGGGAUUACAGAUAAAUUGUUCCGAACGCUUUUUAAGAUCACAGCUUGUUUAAAGGAUGUGGCGCUAUUUAUGUAUCUUUGGUGUUGGUCUACUUGCUAUUUUACUGUCGUUUAUAAUCUCAUGGAGGAAAGGUACUACGGUGGUUGACAAGAUACACGAUGAGUAUGACUAUAUUAUAGUUGGUGCCGGUUCUGCAGGGUCAGUGCUCGCUUCAAGGUUAUCUGAAGAUACUGAGCAUACAGUGCUUCUUCUAGAAGCUGGUGGUGAUGAUAUGGGUGACAUGAUUUUAUCUAUCCCCUUUGCUCAUGUGCUGACUCAUCACUCCAAACAUGAUUGGGAAUUCUAUACUGUCAAACAGGACAAUAUCAUGUUAGGCUAUAAAGAAGAGAGAAACUACUGGCCAAGAGGGAAGUGUCUAGGGGGAUCAAGCAAUUUGAACGCUAUGGUAUAUGUACGUGGAAGUAAGCACGACUUUGACGAAUGGACAGCAGAGGGAUGUCAUGGUUGGUCAUAUAAAGAUGUACUUCCAUACUUCCUGAAGUCGGAAAAUAUCCUCAUUGAUGAUUUAAAGGGCUCAGGAUAUCAUAACUCCGGAGGACCCUUACCAGUUUCUGCUAAUAAAAAGACAUCUUUGUCAGAUAAGAUAUCAAAAGCAGGGCAAGAGAUAGGGUAUCAACCUAUUGAUUGUAAUGGUGCAGAAAUGAUAGGCACUUGUCCAGUCCAAGCUACUGUUACAGCAAAUGGCCUCCGUGCAAGCACGUCAAGAAGUUUUCUACGGCCAGUAAUGGACAGGAAGAAUCUACAUAUUUCUAUCCAUUCUCACGUCCAAAAGGUUCUGAUUGAAAACAAAAGAGCAACAGGUGUGUCUGUGAUAAAAGAUAACCGGACACUGGCAGUGAAAGCACGGAAAGAGGUCAUACUAACAGCUGGUUCAGUGAUGUCCCCGCAGAUUUUGAUGUUAUCAGGAAUAGGUCCAAAGGCUCAUUUAGAUGACGUUGGGAUCAAGAUAGUGGCCGACUUGCCAGUGGGGAAGAAUUUACAAGAUCAUCUGUACGCUAGUAUUUCAUGUAAUACAAACAUAACGGACAUUAUUACAUUCACAGAGGUAUUUGGUCCGUCCAGCCUUCUCAGUUAUUUAUGGAAUGGCAAAGGCUGGCUUAGAAACACCGGAGCUCUUACUGAUCUCGCAUUUUUUCAACUUGAUGAAGAAAUGAAAAGAAAGAGACCAGGUCGACCAGAUAUCCAGCUACAGUUUAUUUCAGCAUUAGUAGAGAAUAGAGGUGAUGACGUUAAAAAUGUAUUUAACUAUAAAGACGAGAUAUGGGAUUAUAUUGAUCGUUUAAAAAUUGAAAAGGGAGGAAAGCUUGGCUUUACUGUUAUUGUCAAUGAUCUACAUCCAAAGAGUCGAGGAAUAGUGAGACUCAACAAAACUAAUCCAUAUGGAUACCCCGAAAUUAUAGCAAAUUACUUACAUCACCCAGAUGACCUGAAAAUGCUUAUAAAAGGAAUGAGAGAAACGCUUCGCUUACUAAACACAAAAGCCAUGAAAGACAUAGGGGUGGAGGCAGAAGAUCGGAGCCGUGCUUUUCCACAGUGUAGUCAGUUUGAAUAUCUUUCUGACAAUUACCUUGAAUGUGCUAUAAGGCUUUUAGCAACUACAACGUAUCAUCCAACUUCAACUUGUAAAAUGGGAAAACCUGAUCAUCCUGAUACAGUUGUUGAUCCACGACUCAGGGUAAAAGGAAUACAAGGAUUACGAGUUGCAGACGCCUCUGUUAUUCCAAGUAUUACUUCCGGUAACACAAACGCUCCAACCAUCAUGAUAGCCGAGAAAGCAGCUGACCUUAUAAGAGGCGUUGAUACUGUGAAACAUUUAAAAAUGAGAUUAAACAACAUAUAAAUGGGAGAACCCAAUUUUAUGAAAUAGGAAAAAUAGUAUAAAAGUAUGUCAAACUGUUUUCGUUGAAAAACUGUUUUCUAGAUUAUCUUUUUACUGUGAGAAUUAUUUCUUUGUAAUAUGAAUACGUGAAUUUAUAAUUAAGUUGUCCUUUGGAAUUUUAUGCCAUGGCAGGGCCUACCACAAAAUCCUGUACAAUUACUCCCGUAUGAAAAUUAAUGAUUUCGCAGAAUAUAUUUUUAAAUUUCAUUGUUGAUAUAACCAUUAUCCGUUAUCGUUAUAAUUGUUUCAUCUUAGCAAUGCAGUUGAGAGGCCCCAUGUGGUUCUGGGACGAUCAAUAUAUGAAAAGAAUUGGAACCACUGUCUUACCCUUGCAUGAUCGUCAGAGGCGACUAAUAGAUAGGGUCUUAACACUUGGUUUUGCUGUAACUGUGUUUCCAGCAGGUAUACAAACUUUGAUUCCAUACCUCAUGUUUUUAUUUCGAUGUAAAUGAGAUGUGAAACCAAAAUCUGUUGUCCUGUUUGGCGCCAUAUAACCUAUACUGUGUUGGUGCGCCGUAAAACCCAAAUCAAAUCAAAUCAAAUGCAGUUGAGAGUGGUGUACACACAGAAAGUUGUUUUUCUUACUGUUUUAUAUUGGUAAAAUGUUAGUUUCUGGAGGCGGUUUUACCUUUUCUGAAAUCAGUUAUUGCUUCUUUAUUCCUAACAAAAUCUAGGUUUCUGAGCUGCAUAAAACAAUUUCAUUCAAAAUCAGCGGGGUAGACUAGCCACUAGACUGAUAAUAAAGAAUUUGUCACAAAAUUUCAACUUUUGUGAUUUUUCUCUUAUCUUAUAUAAUAGUUACAAUAACAAGUCUAUUUUAGAAAUUUUCGUAGAGAACUGGUUGCAAUAUGAUAUUGGCCAUAGGAUAUAGACUGGCAACAUUCACAAUUUUAAAAAUCAGGAUUAAAAAAUAUAUGUCAUAAUCUAGGUGCUAGUCGAACAACGGGGAUGAGUUAUCAGUGACAGUGCAGUAGACUGGUCAAUGAUUACAUCAAACUGCAUUCGGUUUGGGGUUAUGUAAAUUUUUAUCGAUAUUAAUUGUUGAUUCGUAUGAGGUCUCACAGAGUUCCAGUUAGUUCUGUAUUAUUAACAAUUUAGGAUAACCUUCUGGUUCAGCAGAUCCAAACAAAUGGUUUAUAUAAAUGGUUUUAAUAUGGAUAAAGCAAAUAUGAUAUAAUAAUUCUACGUUGAUAUAAAUAUAGAUAUUAUCAUGUUAGCGGACUGGUUAACCAUUAAUAGAUACAUGUGUUUAUAUUGAGUGGUUUACCCGGGAGGUUUUCCUAGUUCCCUAGAUAAUUACAUUUAUGUUUGCUGAUGUUUCAUGGUGUUAUACUAAUAUUUUGGCGUUUAAUUUGUUACUUAAUGUAAUUUGAUAGUACAAUUAUUACUGAUAAGUGUUCUUUUAAUAUAGCAAUAAAUAUACGUAAGUGCAAAUUCAAGAAUUUUCGAUCUGAAUAAUUAGUUAUUAGUAUUUGUUACUGCUUUUAUCUCAAACAUUUUGUCUGUUGUUUCUUUUCAGGAGAUAAAAUGUUUUAUCUGAAAGGUUUAAUAUAAGAGUAAUCUGUACAAUUAAAAUGUAUUUGUUGACAGACAAACUUAAAGAUAAAUGCAACAGUUGCCUAUAUGUAUAUAGGGCCGAAAAUGUCUUUAAACUUUGUGUACUGACACAGAAUCAAGUUUAAAACGGAAACAUAUAUUAAAAAUCAUAGGUACCCAGUCUUGAUCUUGAAUUAUCUACCUUUAAAAAACAGAAAAUAUUAAAAACUGCAAUUUUCAAGGGCAUAAAAUUCAAGAUCAAGCCAAGAGAACUGUGCAUUUCAGACUUCAUUUGCAGUCAGUAUACAAAAGACAUUCGGUCCGUGGGAAAGCCCAGGACUUUGCGGUACCAUUUUGUCAUGUCCAUAGUUAAGGACAUUUGCAACAGUAUCUAUAUUGACAUGGGGCAAAUAUUUUCUUACAGAAUGAAUUUCUUCUUUAAACUUUUUUUACUGACAGAGAAUCAAAUCAAAAACAAAAAUAUGAAAUAGAACAAACCAUAAAAACUCAGCCUUGGUCAUGAAUUAUCUGCCCCUGAAAGUCGGAAAAUACUGAAAAAAAAAUCUACUUUUAAGGGCAGAUAAUUCAAGAUCAAGCCUGGGUACCUACGAUUUUUGAUACAUAUUUCCAUUUUAAACUUGAUUCUCAGUCAGUACUAAGUUUAAACAAAAUCUGCCCGUAGAAAAAUGUUGCCCUAUGAACAUAUAGACAACUGUGGCAUUUAACCUUAAACGCAGUUAUUUCAUUCUAUGCUUAAUCAGAACUAUCAGCAGCGAAAAGCCUUUUAACACAUAGUCCUUGGAAUAUAACAGGGACAAAUUCUGCCAAAUCCCGUCUGCACCGGUCUUCCCAAUACUUUGUUUUCAUGUAACCUAAAACUUGUUCUCUACAAAUAAUUGCUAACUGCACCAGCGGAAUCCAAGGCAUACGACAAAUUUAGUUAAUUGUAUUGUCGUAUAUAACAGUAUCUAUUCGUUGCAAAAUAUUGCCUCGCACAAGGAUCGAACUCAAGGACUCUUGAUUGGUAAGUCAUGGAAUGAACUAACUUAGAUAUACCCAGAAAUCGGAUUACGUCCUUGUGUUAUAUGAUUAUCUAUGAACUGUUACUACAAUGGCAAAAUACUUGAGUCUUUUGUUUGUGUAUUUGAAAAUCAAGUAGUGCAUGCAUUACGUGAGCGUUUAGAUUAUAAUAUGCUAAUUUAAGCCAACAAAAUGGAUAUUAAAUGAUAUAUAAAGAAGUUUCUUGCAUAAUAUUAUGUACAUGUGUAUGAAUUUUGUAUAAUUAUUUCAUGCUUAGUUAAGAACUAAUAAUUUCCAUAAAGCAAAUCUAAUAUUGAUGUGUCAUGUAUCAUGCAGAUAUUCUACCAACAACAAAUGGUUUUAAGCAUCUAAAUAUCUUCGACUUAGCUUGUAAUAUGCACUACUUACUAUGCGGUUUGAAAAUGGCCUACAGUUUGGAAGUGCAAUCGAAUAUUUUACAUUUAAUACGAUGUUUUUCUCCAUAUACUAGUAGUAUAAAUAUUUGGUAAAUAUUGGGCGAUAAUGGUACGUACCGUUAAGAAACAUAAUAUUAUAUGCACAUUCCUAUCAAUUUAAAGCAUUUUUUAUUUCUUAACUGAUACUUGAAUGAAAAAAUAGUAAUUGUUUUGCCUGAUCUUUUGCUAAAACAAUUUGCCGUGUUGAUGUCGUUUCAAAUAUUGACGGCAUAGAACGGUACGGUGUUCUACAUUUUGUUAUAGCGAGCUCGAAGAGGAGGCCCGAAGGGCCUGCUCGAGAAUCGAGCUUAACGGUAACAUAAGUAUACUUUCACAUUUGGUGAUGGAUUUGAAAAGUUUCAUCGGAAGUUGUUAAAAAGCGCACCCUAGCGGACAGGUGCUCACUUCUCUCCGCAGUGAAUACAUAACUUCAUUCGAUUGCUGAAAAUUAUUCAUCACUCAGAAAUAAUGCAAGAAAGAUUUCCAGUUGUUUGAAAAAAAAUAUUAUUUUCAUUUAAAAGAUCAAGCACCGGCGAGAAAAUGGAAAAAAUGUCAUAAAUUAGCAUAAAUUCACGGGAAGGCUGCAAAUAGGUAAUGACGUCACCGUGACACCGGCUUCCCAUAAAUUUUGCAACGUAUGAUAUUCGCUGUUACAUGUAUGAUGACACUAAGUGUAGACUCUUCUAUUUUCAAGUGAAUAGGUUCUCGCGAGUUCUUUUGAGUAGUGAAUAUUUUCUUUGUUACAUAUAAAUGAUGCACAUAUUUUAGCUGAAUCUGAUUUCUUUGAGCCCGCUUUGAGGCUUUGCCUUAUUUCAUAUUAUUUUCUGGUCCUUUGGGGUCAUGGAGUCCAUUUCAAUACCUGUGUAAUUUACCUGGGUUUCGCUUUACUAAUAUGAUUAGAGUUUUGCUUAAGCCGGUGCUAGGGACGUAAGAGGUGUUGCACUUCCCAGUACAUAGAUUCAAAUUGAGUCCGUUGCAUUCUGUGCUUCCAAAGGCUCUUCUUACAGAUUUUAUUUGCUACUAUAUUCGAGCCAGCAUAACAUUAAAUUAAUUACGAUUAUAUUGCAGUUAGUCUUGCAAUAUUUUUCAUUCGUUUAGAACAUAUGUUACAGAACAUAUCCCAUGGGCUUAUGCAGACGUAAAUACAUCGAAAAAUAAAUAAUGCCGUGACAUGAAAUCAAACUUCAUACGUGAUGACUUUACGAUUCUGGUGCAAUUUUAAAAAAAAAAAAAACAUAAUUUUUCAUUCAAGUUAUUUUGAGUAAAAAAUCGUUUGAAAAAAAUAUCAAUCAAAGGUGUAAUAUUUCUUUUCACUGAAUGUCAGAUCUAGGCAAGACAUGCUAUAAUCUGCCGCAUAAUCGGUUUAAUAACAAUAAAAUUAAUAUGGUUACAAAGAGAUACAUGAACCCUAAAAUAAUACAAAAUACGAAACAAAAUGAAUUAAAAAAAUUCCCAUAAAAUGCAGAAAUUUUAUAACAGGAAUAGUUCAGCAAAAUUGUAAAACAGUUUGCCCGAAUUUUGCACCAUAAUGUUAGGGCUAAAUUUCAUUUUGAAAAAAAAAACACAAUACUCUUUAAUGCAUGAAAUCUAUGUAAAACAUGAAAUGAACAUGUUUGUAUGUAUAAACAACAUUGCGUGCUUGGUAUGAAAUAAUACACUUACUUAAUGGACAACCAGUUACAUCAUAAUUUUUUAUGUGAAUGGUUAGAUUUCGUUUCUAGCCAGGUUUCAUAAAAUUGAUGAAGAUUUUAUACAUUUAAAUGUGUUAAAUUUUCAGUGGAAAGUGGUUAUAGUAUAUCUUUAAACUGUUUGAUUUAAAUGUAAGUGUACGUUAUGUUUAAUAAUUGUUUUAAAGUAAUCAGAAUCAAAUCUUUGUUACGUAGAAAUUUUGUUAUGUUGCAUCCAUGUUUUAUUUAUAUGCCAGAGAUGGCUCAUAUUCAGUAAAUAAAUAUACUUAAUUAUA